CACCAGAGUGGGAUAACGUAAUGCCUAGCUCAGCAGGAUAAUGUUAUUGUUUACUGCGAUGUGGGACGAAUAUAUUUUUUCUACGAGGAAGUGACACAAGCUAAGAGGGUUUAUAACAUCAUAAUGACGCAUUCGUAAUGCGGUCAGUCGGAUAGAAAGGUCGUCCACAGCUGAAGCUGCCAGUGCGAACGCUUCAGCUCAGCUCAUCCUCUGCUUGGCUCUCUGAAGGAAGUGAAUCAGUGCAACUCCAUCCAAAAUGAGCCGGGACGUCCCUAUCCACAGCUGGCCUGGUUCCUAUUACAUCAACAGCGAGAAGCGGUGGGAAAACGGCACCCUGUCCCUCACCAGGACCAUGGUGCGCUUCGUCUCGAACCAGAGUAAGGAGAGCCUUGCCAGCUUCAGGCUCUCCAGGAUCAUGGAGAUCAAGAUGGAGUCGUCCAGUUUCAUCUUCAGCACCCUCACAGUGCUUGAAGAGGGCAAUGUGAAACACUGGUUUGGCUCCCUUAAGCCCAACAGGGUGGUGGUUUACAACGUGUUAGAGCAUUUCUGGAGAGAACGCCUUCUGUCCCCCAGCUCGGAAGCCCGGGGGGCCGAAUGUCAACCUUCUAAAGGCAGGGAGCUGAUCAGCCUGGUGGCCGGGGCCCAGAGAAGACUGGAGGACACCGGCAGAGUCCUCAGCCACCAAGGAGAGCAGUUUGACAGUAUGAUGCAGGGACUGGAGAAGAUUGACUCCGAUCUGGGCGUGGCUGACAAACUUUUGUCAGAGCUGGAGUCUCCCUCCUGGUGGCCUUUUGGUAAACUCCCCUGGAAGACUCAGCAGGAAGCCAAAGCUGAGGACGCUGCAAGGGCCGCAGCUGCUGCUGCUGCUAGCAAAGGGUCUGGUAGAAAUAAGGUGAUCACAAGCAUCCCAGCUGUGCUGACCAAAGGCGGGGACUCGGACUUGAAACCCGGAUGCUUGUUGGUGCUGGUGUCCUCACUAGAGGUGCGAGACACAAACUGCCAACUCCUUCACCGCUUUGAACGAAAUGAAAUCGAUGAAAUAAGGGUGCACAGUCCUUAUGAGAUCACUGUUAGACAGAGGUUCAUUGGAAAGCCAGAUAUAUGCUACAGGUUCUUGUCUGCCAAGAUGCCAGAAGCAAUGUCAGUAUUGGAGAUGCAGUACAAAAAGAAGGUGGAGUUCACUGGUGAAUAUGCUGCGUUCAGGGCAACUCCAGUUUCAUCUCCAUGUGACACAGAGGGGCCAAACUGGAAUGAAGGUUUGCAGCAGAGGUGCCAAGAGACGGAGCUCCCGCUGGAGGUCCCAGCAGGAGAUCUGUCCCAGUUGCAGGUGCAUGUCCUGCAGCCAUCUGUCAGUCAGGCUGAGGCCCAGGAACUCAAACAGAUGCUGAUGCAGCUGAAGAAUCUCGCCCUGGAGGCAGAGACAGAGCUGGAACGGCAGGACGAAGUUCUGGACGUCCUGACCAGCUCCACUGACCGAGCCACCAUGCACAUAGAGAAGCACACCUGCCGCAUGAAGAGACUGCUGUAGCUCUGACAGUCCAGCAGACAUAAUGCAGUCACCAGGUCCUUCCUGAGAAACGCACUGUAAGCUUCCUCAUUGUCCUCACGGGAUCGGUACAGUGUGAGAACACUGGAAUACAGCAGGAGGGUCUUGCACGUAGUCUAAAUGGUUCAUAAGAUUUUUGUUGCUUUUGAUGGAGUAAUCAUAUAAUCACAUGGGUUCAAGUGUCAGUGAUUUCUGGGAAGUGCAUUUCUAAAUAUAUUUAUGUUUAAUUAUUAUUAUGUCACCAUUUUAUUUCAAACAAUUCAGACAUGCGUGACUGAGAUAAAGGAGCCCUGUGAAUGUGCGUCCUGCAGCACUUUGCAGCUGUAGCUAGCUUUGUUAGCAUUACAUUUGGUUUGUCGGUUGGGUGAAAACACAUUUUUCAGUGUUCUUACUUUCAGGAGUUGCCAUGAGGAAGCAAAAUACUUGUACACCACUUGGUUCAAAUCCUGUGGAAAGAAAGAAAGAAAAACUGACCAGUAGUUUUGGUUUAUAACCAAAAUGGACACCUGAUUCAGUGCCUGGUAGUGGUGCUUACGGCUCGGCUUAGCCGAUUGAACUCCAUAGGUGUUCGUGGUGGGAAGCCGGUGAGGGAUCACUUCCUCAUCUGUGCACUCCUACUGGUCGGUCAUGGCAUCUGAGUGGGAUUUGGGGGAAUAGCAUGAAUCCUCAUUGCAUCCCACUGCCCUCCCAGUGAGGCGGGCAGGUGAAAAAAGGAGUUGAUGACCCCGUAAAUAUCAGAGGAGACACGUCCUUCCCGGGCCCAGUGGGAGACGGCAAUGACUGCAGAGGAGGGCGAAAUGGACAAUUUGAAAAAGAAAACAACUAGUCUAUUUAUUCUCACAGCACAAAUUUAAAACAAACUGCAUGUUGUUUCCAUUGUUGUUAUUUGCAAGACAGAUGUUGUGAAAUAACAGAAUUUGUAAGAGCGAAGGAUAACCUUGACUUAAUCUUCUUUACGUAACUUGGGUGAACAGGUUUUCCAAUAAAUGAAAUAAUGGGCGAGUAAUCGACUGACAGGUAAAGUUUUCCAGUGUCAUCACAGUAAUAUCUGUGUUUCUGUUGAUCUUCUACCAUUCUUCCUUUUUAUAACCGUUUGACUUGUCACUCUCAGGUCAUAGCUGUCACUUAUCCUCCCCGGACACAGUUUCCCUGUGGCUUAAUGUUGCAUGUCUCAAUAUUACUGCUUUGUAUUGCAUCAAGUAAAAUGUCCCAUCAAUAUAUAGCAGAAGACUGUAAGAAGUCAUUGGACUCUUGAAAACAACAGAAAACACACACUCUCUGUGUUUGUUUGGAAAUAUUACACAUGAAAUACUCCAUGUUAAGGUCCACAUCUACUGUAUAUGUCUCGCUAAAGAUUGAUACUAUUCUAAAUCUGUAUAAUCUGUGAAUGACUGACUGUGUAUUGUUAUUCUGUGAUUUUAUUGUGGUCUGUUAUCACGGUGAACUUACAAUUAGCUGUCGGUUUCACUUGAAAUAUCGACCGUGUUUUUAGAAUGAUGACUUCAGUGCUGUAUCGAGGGUUCUUUUUGCCAAUGAUACCAAAUUUAUCUGGACACUGGAUAUAUGUAAACGGUUCACUCUAAAUAUAAAGGGAAAAAGUACACCUGCAUCUCUCUUAUACCGAACACACUAAUAAA